AUGAGUGUGCUCGUAUCCAUGCUGGAGGACGCCGUCCUGGGCGUGCCGCCCUACAUUUCCCGCGCGGUGCAGGUGUACGCAAUAGCAGAGGGGGAUGUUUUCACAAUGAAUAACUUCGGAUUCCUGAUAAUGACCGGUGUGCACGGCCUCGAAAACGAAAUCUCCCCAUCAGUUGCGCUGGUCAAUCUUGCUAAUGAGGCGGGCUACGUCACUGCAACGUACAAGGUUAGGGGCGGCGCGCAAGGUGGUGAGCGAGACAUGUCUCGCGCCGCCGCACUGCACGAACAAGUUAUGGACUGCGAAGACGGCGACGAGCUGGGCGGACCAGUGCGCCUGCUGGAGAACGGCAUUGAUAGUCUCCCACGCGAUGCGUUGCGCACGAAGGAGGUGUACGAGCGCGCGGUUGAAGGCGGCGAUUUAUGUUGCUGGUGCAAAAGAAGUUAG